AAACUUCUAAUUUUCAAAUUUAUCGCAGGUUUGGCUGGUUUAUCAACUGCAAAAUAUCUGGCAGAUGCGGGUCACCAACCUUUGUUACUAGAAGCAAGAGAUGUUCUAGGUGGAAAGGUAGCUGCCUGUAAAGAUGAUGAUGGGGACUGGUAUGAGACAGGCCUGCAUAUAUUUUUUGGGGCUUACCCAAAUAUACAGAACCUGUUCGGAGAACUUAGUCUCAAUGAUCGAUUGCAGUGGAAGGAGCACUCAAUGAUAUUUGCAACGCCAAACAAGCCAGGGGAAUUCAGCCGAUUUGAUUUUCCUGAAGUUCUGCCAGCUCCUGUAAAUGGAAUAUGGGCGAUUUUAAGGAAUAAGGAAAUGUUGAUUUGGCCCGAGAAAGUCAAGUUUGCGAUUGGACUUCUUCCUGCAAUUCUUGGUGGACAAGCUUAUGUUGAAGCCCAAGAUGGUUUAACUGUUAAGGAGUGGAUGAUAAAGCAGGUACAGUGGUAAUUUUGAUUGCCAGUAUUAUGUGCAUA